AUGUUACGAUUACCUGAAGCAGACAGCCAACAGAAAACCCCAAGACCUAUACCGAAAAUUUCCACCACCAACUAUUCCAUCCCUUCCAUCAUCGCCACCUACGGCAUCGGCCUCGCCCCUAACGGCUACUACCUCGUCAAAGUGAUGGCCAAUACAAAGGGCCAAGCGAGUAAUAUUCUUCCGCGCGAAAACCUCCCCAAGUUGAAAGGCAGCAUCCCGGCCCCGGUAUGGGAUAUACUGGCCAGAGCCCGCGGCGCGCACUUGAAUGCCAUGGAGGGAUUGCCGAUGUUUGCGGCUGCUAUGAUUGCUGGAAACGUGGCGAAAAUUCAUGCUGAUGAGCUGAAUGUCCUGGCGGCGGAGUAUAUCGGUGCAAGGAUCUUAUAUACGGCUGUGUAUAUGGGUGCGAGGUCUGAAGCGCUGAGUUAUCUGCGGACGGGCGUGUGGGCGUGGAGUUUGUCGUUUGUCGAUUCCGAUCUGGGGGCUUAUUAG